AUGGUUAGAACACGAGGUCUACAUCGUGUGGUGGGCACAGGUAGAGGCAGAGACCUUAGUCAGGAUGUGGCUGAGAAUGUUCCUCGCCGUCGUAGGCCCACUGCCUCAGCACGUAGGCAACAGGUUACCCAGAGAGUCGAGGAUGUUCCUCAGUUUCCUAAGGAUGUUCCUCAGUUGGCUGAGGAUGUGCCUCAUGCGUCUGAUGGUAGCCCAGAGAGGACAGGAGCCGCCGAUGGUGCUGAGUCUGAUCGAGUGGCUAGUGAUGGGACAAUUGCUGAUGAUGAGGGGUUCCCCGGUGGGCCACGCGAUCCAUCUGUUUUGAUAGGAUUUGCUGAUCAUGUGGCACACAACAUAUGGCGUGGACAGGAGCAACCCGAUCUCAUGUUGGUCUCCCAUGGUAGGAAAGUAGAUAAAUUUGGGAGACCGGCUGCUGAGAUCGAAGGUAUCAUUGCGGCCACCGGAUUAGAUCCAUUGAUCAGGUGUUCUGUGAUCACCACUGAUCCUGGACUCAUAUCCGCCUUUGUUGUGAGGUGGCAUAGUGAGACGAGCAGCUUCCACCUCCCAGUAGGGGAGGUGACGAUCACUCUAGACGACGUUUCGUCGCUCCUGCAUAUCCCGAUUACUGGAGCGCUGCAUUCAUUCGGGCCACUAGCUACAUCUGACGCAGUUGCGCUGUUGACGGAGCUACUUGAGGUCACCCCAGACGAGGCUACAGCUGAGACACGUCAGGCAGGUGGGCCUCAUGUUCGGUUGUCCUAG